GCCCCCCAAGAUUUGGUUGGGGGAACUCAGUCUUUGCAUCCGUUUAGGACGAGCACGAUCUGGCGAUUGACGCACAAAAACAGCAUUGACUGCCUCUUGACACUGAUAUUGCAGUCGUGAUUCCACUUAUUCAAGAUCCGACGCACAACUGCUUGUAGGUCUUGGUACGAUUAAUUGGUCUUUGAGGGAUUCUCGCAACCUACAUCAAGGUUCCUCUACCUUGGUUGCCAAUCCCUACAUUCCAUUUGACGACGCGCAUCAAUGUCCGCCGCACCGCCUCCCAUCGAAGUCCUCGCCCAUGGUACACCACAGUCUGGGCCACCUCUGUCCGACGCCGACCAGGCGCUGUUAGAAGCCGAAGCUCGCUUUGCAGAGGAACAUCGGGGACAUGAGAAACAGCAUGCGACAAUGGCGCUCAUCCUCAUAAUGGGAUUGAUCAUAUCUCAGUUGGGCAUCUUGGUGUGGAAAAAGUAUCAUAUUAAAUCAUUCCAAUUGGCGACCCUACUCGGGUUAUGGAUCGUUCCCCCAAUAAUGGGCUUCCAAGCGGGAAAUAUGCGAUACGUUUUUGUGUGGGUCCUCUUUUCGCUGGCGAAUGGCUGGAUUGUGCGUAUGGCAUUGCAAAAUCCGAUGCAGAGUGUGACUCCUAGAUUGGUUUACAAGUGGUAUACGUGGGUGUACAACCUCUCGUAUGGUAUUGGAGUGGUGGGAUAUGUGGUGGUAUUGCUUUCAUUCUUCCACAUACCGGUGGUGGUGGGAAUCCGGAUGGAGACAGAGAUAAAGUUCUUUGAGACCGGUGUGAUCCUCCUCUUCUAUGGCUUAUACUUUGGAACACUCUCUCGUGAUUUUGUGGAAAGGCUUUCAGACCGAAUGGCAACCACCAUGGGAUACUAUUCUCGUACUGGGUUUCCUCGCAAGCACCUGCGAUCCAACAUGUGUGCCAUUUGCGGCGACACUACCACAUCCGAUGGUACCGCCGAUAGUUCUCAAAAGUUGCACCGAUUAGGAUGUGGACAUACAUACCAUGAAAAAUGCAUAAGAGGAUGGACUAUCAUUGGCAAGAAGGACUCGUGCCCAUAUUGCAAAGAAAAAGUUGACCUAAAAGCGUUCAAGAAGAACCCAUGGGACACGUCGCAAAUGCUUUACCUGAACCUGUUGGAUGCACUGCGCUACAUGAUCGUCUGGAACCCUAUCAUCUUUUUGAUCAUACAUUUGGUGUUUGAGAUAUCAGGAUUGAAGUAGUACCCAUGUGCGGUGCUAUCUGUAUUUAUUUAUAUUAGACAACGAUACACAUACCAUAGAAAGCAUACUUGGACGCUUG